AUGUCGCAACCCAAUUUAACAGAUAAUUCGUACAACAUCAAUACUGAAACUGGAACCUUGACUGAAUUAGAUAAUCGUUCAACUCCUACUUGUCCACAGUAUAAUAUUGAAAUUUGUUCUACCACUAUUAAACUUCCCCAAUGUUGGACAAAUUGUCAGGAAGCGUGGUUUAUCCAUGCUGAAAUGCAAUUUGCAAAUAGGGAAGUAACACAGGACAUUACUAAAUAUGGGUAUGUUGUUACUGCUUUACCUCAAUAUGUAAUAGUAACUGUACUUGACAUUAUACAGAAACCUCCUACAGGUAAUCGCUACGAUCAUUUAAAUAAGAUUCUUAUUGAAAGGCAUUCUAUGAGUGAAAAUACAAAAUUUGAUAAAAUAUUGUCUGAUUCUGAGAUGGGAGAUCAAAAACCAUCUGAAUUUUAUAGGUCAUUAGCUAUAAUCGGAGCGGACUUUUUAUGGACUUUUAAUUGA